AAGAAGUCAAUUAAUAGGAGGGAAUUAUGGGACGUAUAGUAAAGUAAACAUUUAUUGAUUUAUUGUUACUUAACAAAAUCAGAAAUCAUGACAGAUUGAUUAGUGUAAUAGAUAAAGAGUUACGGUGUAUAACGUUUUUGGAGGAGACAUUAUAACAAGGUUAAGACAGUACGUGUAGGAUAAGACUGAGCUGGUACGAUGGCUGAAGUAGACGGUCGUUCGACUAUAACUGACAUUGACAUUGUUUGUACCCCUUGUUUUGAGGGUGAUAUUCGAGAACAAGCUGUGAAAUAUUGUCCUGAAUGUCAGGAAUUUUUGUGCACCGGAUGCACGAGACACCAUGGAAGACAGAGGAUGAGCCGUUCUCAUAAGCUAUUAGACAAGAACGAAGCAAAACAAGGGUCACAUGUGAUCGUGGCAGCAAAAUGUUUAUAUCACCCAGAUCGUGAGAUAGAGAUGUACUGUAAAGAGCAUGAUAUGGUUUAUUGUACAAAGUGUAUUGCUACAUACCAUAGGUCCUGUAGGGGAGUGACAUGUUUAGACGACUUAUCAGUUUCUACUGAUCAGAAAAGAGAAACAGAGCGUUUAAAAGCUGACAUUAUGAUUAUCCAAGAACGUUUAAAAAAUACUGAUAAGAAAACGAAAACAAACCUGAAAAGCAUUGAGGAACAAAGAAAUGACGUCAUUUUGCAAAUAAAAGGACUUGCGCUCGAUUUGGUAGAACAUAUCCAGAAGUUGGAACGGGAAGCUUUGGAAGGUCUAGAUGCGGAAUAUUCUUUGGUCAAAGAGGAACUGGAGACAGAUAUUUCUAACAUAAGUAAAGCUAAACAAGAAAUUGAGCAGGUAAGAAGUCAGCUACAAGACGUAGACAGUCUUGAUAAAAUACCACAAUUUGUUCAGACAAAACUGACACAACAAACUUUAAACGUUGCAGUAAAAGUGUUUGAACACAAUGAAGCUAAAGGCAGUCAAUCAUUAUAUUUGAAGGAAAAUACAGAAUUAAAGUCAUUAGUCACUUCAUCAUCGUUUUUAGGGUCUGUACUAAGGAUAACAGAAGGCAAACGUUUGAUGACUGCAAGAACUUAUAAAGUAAGUUCGCAGAAGGAGAAAAAUAUCCGCAUGAAAAACGACAAGAUCCAGCCCUACAUUUGCGAUGUAUGUCAGCUUCCAGACGGUACAAUCAUACUGGCAGAUGAUAAUAAUAAGCGGAUAAAGAGGCUUGAUGUGAAUUAUAACAAUAAAGAUUGUUUUGAUCUAGAAACACAUCCUAGAGGUAUAUGUUGUACUGGCAAUAAUGAGGUCGCUGUAAAACUGUACAACAGCAAAGUUUGGUUUAUAUCAGUAGGCAGCUCAUUAUCUAAGGUGAGAGAUAUAACUGUUACACAUGGAAAUUACCAUGGAAUGACAUAUUUUGCUGGACAGUUGUGGGUAUCUGAUGUAAAUUGUGUAAAUGUAUACAGUACGUCUGGUUCAUUAUUAUAUUCUAUCGGUAGUGAUGUCAAUGGACAACGCAUAUUUACAUCUAUAGAACAAAUGACCGUCAGCGGAGAAAAUGUUUUUGUAGCAGACUCAAGUCAUGGUCUUGUCUGCUUGACAAGAGAUGGAACGGUGAAAAGAGAACUGAGCGAUAAACUGCUUACUGACACACGCGGUGUAUGUGUAUCCAAUGAUGGGAUUGUGUUUAUUGCUGGGUGUAGCUCACACAACAUCAUGAUGUUUGAUAGCGAUGGAAAAUGCCUUGGAGAAUUAGUUUCUAAAGAUUCCGGCCUAGUACAACCAUUAUCUUUAUUGUUCGAUGACAAGAGAAAAUGUUUAGUUGCUGCAUGUUUUUCUGGCAAUAUGAUAGUAUAUUAUAUCUGACAUUUUACAAUAUAGUGUGUGCAUUGUUGUUAUAUUGCACAUAGAUUUUAAAUGCUACAUGUGGAGAGAAAAAGUUACAGUUAUAUGAUUAAACAUAUCAUAUUCAACAGUCAGCCUCUACAUACAUUUACCUUCCCUGUUAAAUGUAUGAUGAUAACUCGAUACAUAAUGUGUUAAAUUACUGAUAUUCAAUCAAAUCAUAUGUACAGCUUUGCUAUGCUGUCUAACUGUGGGUUUUGUAGUUCAGUUUAUGUUAUUUAUGUAUAGGUUAUAAAGACACGGAUAGUGUGUUUCUCUACAUACAUGUAUGUUACAAAAAGCAUGGUAGCUAGGUUGAUAGUGUGUCCACAUUUUUUAUGUUGAAUAAAUCUAUUUAUCUCUUUUUAUCAAUAUUUAGAUUUAUUUGCUUAGUGAACAGUAGCUUGAUUACAUUAUAAGGAAGUCGUGUAUAAAAUGGUGUCACUUCUUUCCCGUUUUUUUUUUUUUGUUUUUUUUUUUUUGAUAAAAGGGAAAUAAUGCUUUUCAAACUUUUGUUCUCAGAAAUAUUUGACAUUGUAAAAUAUAGUGUGUGCCUUGUUGUUAUGUUGCACUUAGAUAUUAAAUGCUACAUGUGGAAAGAAAGAGUUACAGCAAGUCAUAUUCAACAGUCUGUCCAAAUAUACAUUUACCUUCCCUGUUCAUUGUAUGAUGAUAACUCAAUACUUAAUGUGUUAAAUUACUGAUAUUCAAUCAAUACCAUAUGUACGUACAGCUUUGCUAUGCUGUCUAGCUGUUGGUUUUGUAGUUCAGUUUAUGUUAUGUAUAGGUUAUAAAGACAUGGGCAGUGUGUUUCUGUCCAUACAUGUAUACCAUAAAAUCAUUGUAGAUUGUCAGUAUGUCCACAUACCUUUUGUUAAAUAAAUCUAUUUAUCUCUGUCAAUAUUUAGAAUUAUUUGUUGAAUGAUGAGUAGCAUGUUUACAUAUUAGAAAGU